GUAAUCCAAUGUCAAAAAUAUGUCAUCAACCUCUCUCUCUCUAUUUAUUUAGUUUUCAGUCUCUCUUUCUCUUUCUCUGUACCUAACUUGGUGGCUAGCUUCGUGAUAGCUGCUUAGUCACUCUGUGUGUGACUAAAGAACAAAUGGAGCUCAACUUCCUCUGUAGAGCUCUUUUCUUCUUUCUUUCACUCGCAAUACUUUCACCUUUCUCAUCCUCUACUUUUAUCUCCGAUGGUGUGCUCGAAAUCGAAUCUCAGAAUUUGCUUACAGGAAGAAAUCUACUUCAGGCCCAGAAAAAAUGUCCCGUGAACUUCGAGUUUAUGAACUACACCAUUAUAACAAGCCAAUGCAAAGGUCCCAAAUUCCCGGCAAAGGAAUGUUGCUCUUCCUUGAAGGACUUUGCGUGUCCUUACGCCGAACAGAUCAACGACAUGGCCUCAGAUUGUGCGAACACUAUGUUCAGUUACAUCAAUAUCUAUGGAAAAUACCCGCCUGGAAUUUUCUCUAACGAGUGUCGAGAAGGUAAAGAAGGCCUUGAGUGCCCCGCUCUGCCUCCCAUUUCAGCUUCAGACCUAAACGCAGCCACUCCCACCGCUUGUUCUCAUGUUUGGAUGACAAUUUCAGCAGCUGUACUGGUGGUUGUUAAGUUGUUUUAAGGCCGAUAUAGCUAGAUGUCUGUAAUGCAGCUUGUAAUAACCUGAGGAAGAGUCUCUGUAUAUCCUAUGAUUUAGAGAACUUCAAAAACUUAUAAUGAUUAUUUAUUCGUAGGA